CAUGGCGACUGUGUUGUGGAGAGGAAAGACGUUCAUGGAUUUACAGAUUUUUUUCGCAGAUUUUGGGGAUAUGUUAACUAUUAAUGUUGCCCGUUAGUGAUUAACUUACGUGUAGGUUAUUCUCGGCCGAGCGUCGGGUGAAGUUAAGCAUCACAAUGCAGAGUUUGAGGGUCGGCUGUGUUGCGGUGGCUGCGAGCAGGUGUCACCUCCUCCGAGGGCUGGCUGAAGUCUCCGCUUGCUGUCACGCCCGUUUCUCUCCGGAUCAGACUCGCUUUUACCAGACGGGGGCGAAACCGCAGGACACCGUGAUCAUCCGUGUCCCUCUGAACCUGCAGAACCGCGUUGAAAACGUGAAGCAAACGCGCGUAAGAAACAAGAUCAGCACCGUCAAAGCUGGCAAGCUCUUGAUCCAGAGCAAGAAUCCCACCCUGAACCAGUCUGCCGGGUACAUACUGGGGAAGUUUGAGACACCCAAUCUCUGCUCCAAGGGAUGGAAACAUAGAAAGUCUUUCGGGGACUAUUUCAUCAUCAGGAAGAUCAAGGAUGUGGCACCUCAUGUUGCAGAAGUCCAGGAGGAGGAGGUUACACAGAAGACCUCAGUGACCUUUAACAAACUACACAUCUGCAAAGAGCUUGUGGAAGUUUUGGAUAAUAUGGGGAUUACUCAUCCCACCACUGUGCAGCUGCAAACCAUCCCAAAAGUCCUGAAAGGCUACAACAUCCUCUGCGCUGCAGAGACCGGCAGUGGGAAAACCCUGAGCUACCUGCUGCCCAUCGUCCACCGGCUGCUGAAGGCCGGCCAGGAGCUGGAUGUCUAUUCAACGAGUGCAAAAAAGACUCGCACUAUCAUUCUCGUGCCUUCCAGGGAGCUCGCUGAGCAAGUGGCGGCCGUGUCCAGGACUCUCUGUGCUCCCUUUGGCCUGCUCACGAGGACAGUGGGUGGGGGGCGAGGUGUCGGACACAUCAAAAGUGUCUUCCAGGGGGAUCAUCCAGAUGUUUUAGUGGCUACACCAGGUGCUCUGGUUAAGGCUCUUCAGAGACAUUGUCUGGAUGUGAGUGAGCUGAAGUUUUUAGUUGUGGAUGAGGCCGACACCAUGUUUGAUCCCAGCUUCUCCGAUAUGCUAAAGAGGAUCUUUUCCCGCACAAACAUCGCAAGAGAUGCCAAGGAAACGCGUGGCCUGGAAAAGAAAACCCAGCUGCUGGUGGUGGGGGCGACCUUUCCCGGCGGCGUCGGGGAAGUUCUCAGCCAGGUGACGGAUCUCGGCAAAAUGGUCAUCAUCAAGAGCAAGAUGCUGCACUGCCUCAUGCCUCACGUCAAACAGACUUUCCUGAAGGUAAAGGGUGAAGACAAAAUCCUGGAGCUCAAUCAAGCCCUGAAGAUGCUCCGGCAUGAAAAAGGAGAAGGAAGUUCUGCUCUCGUGUUCUGCAACAAGUCUUCCACCGUGAACUGGCUGGGCUACUCGCUCGAAGAGAUGGGGGUUCAGCAUGAUCGACUGCAGGGAGAGAUGCCCGCUGUCGUGCGUGCCGGCAUCUUCCAAAAAUUUCAGAAUGGCACAGUAAAUGUAUUAAUAUGCACUGAUAUAGCUUCACGUGGCCUCGACACCUCCAGAGUGAACUUGGUUGUCAACUACGACUUCCCAGAAUCUCACACAGACUACAUCCACCGAGCAGGAAGGGUGGGAAGAGUCGGGAGUGUGGAGGAUGGUGAGGUGCUGAGCUUCGUCAGUCAGAUGUGGGAUGUGGAGUUGGUGCAGAGCAUUGAGACAGCUGCCCGGAGGAGGACUAGUUUGCCGGGUAUGGAAUCCGGUAUACGUGAACCAAAACCCAAGGCAGAAAAUGAAGAAGAGUAGAUGCUUUUGUAUUUCCAGUCAUUUUUUUUUUUUACCAGUCGAAAGAAAAUGCAGCAGGAAUUAAAGAUUUGUGCAAAACCUCUAGGUUCGGCUAAUCUUCUACUUUUGUGGACUUUCUUGUUAUAGAUGGAUCUUCUCAAAAAUGGUCAUUUGCAAAGGAGAGUAUUGGAAGUCUGUCCUAUAACUAUGAUUAUUUGAGUUCCAACACUUUAAAGACUUCACUGUAAAAUAGCUGUUAAUGAAUAACAAGACAAUUACAGAACAAUGUCUAAAUACAUACAUGUGCGUAUCUUCCAUGGAAAGGGCCUUUAAAAAAGAUUUGUUAUGAAUUGUCACUGUACAAAUAAUUUACUGAAUUGGAUUGAAGUGGGGAAAGAUAAUGGAGGGAUGAACUGAAAUAGACUGGACUGAAGAAGUACUUUUGCUGUGACGCUGGAAUUGGAAAUGAACUGUCUAAACUUAUACAAUCAUUUAUUUAAAAACAACAUAAUAGUUUGUUUCACUGUUUUUGCAUAACUGUAUUCUUCCGGUUUUUAUUAUUUCUGUGUGUGUCUUGUGUUUCAGACAACAUAAAACUUUUAAAAUAAAUAA